UUUUGUGGAUGUGUUCGAAUAAAGUUUCUCUUAUGUUUAAUCUUUUUUUUUUUUGCAAAAGUAAAAGCUACGUGUGAGCUUGUUUUGCAGCAAUGCUGGCCCUUGUGAGGUCAGUCAGUUUCAUGCAGCAGGUGGGAGCACAUGGAGUACCGCUGACUCCUCGGCUGCCAGGGAAUCGGGUGCUGACAUGGAACGUAUAUGUUUGAUUCUUUUGCUGUUAUAUAAAUUAUUAAUAGUUAAUGCACAGUUCAAUGGAUACAACUGUGAUGCCAACUUUCAUAGCCGUUUUCCUGCUGAGCGGGACAUCAGCGUGUACUGUGGAGUACAAACCAUCACUCUGAAGAUUAAUUUCUGCCCGGUGCUUUUUUCUGGCUACACUGACACUGACCUGGCCCUGAAUGGGCGCCAUGGUGAUGCCCACUGCCGAGGCUUCAUUAACAACAACACCUUCCCUACAGUGGUGUUGUUCAGCAUCAGCCUUAGCACAUUGGAGGCCUGCGGCAACUUGCUAGUGGUGUCCACAGCUCAGGGGCCCAAUGCAUAUGGGAACCUUUCAUUGGUGCAGAUUGGGAAUAUAUCAGGGUACAUUGACACGCCUGAUCCUCCUACUGUCAUCAGCUACCUGCCUGGACUGCUCUAUAAGUUCAGCUGCAGCUAUCCACUGGAGUACCUGGUGAACAACACGCAGCUGGCGUCGUCUGCUGCAGCAAUUUCAGUAAAGGACAGCAAUGGUACAUUUGUAAGCACACUGAACUUACUGCUGUACAAUGACUCCACAUACAUCCAGCAUCUGGCCAUCCCAAUGGCAGGCCUCACUCUGAAAACUCGUGUGUUUGCUGCCGUCAAAGCCACAAACUUGGACAGGAGGUGGAAUGUGCUGAUGGAUUACUGUUACACCACUCCAUCUGGGAAUCCUAAUGACAAGCUCCGAUAUGAUCUUUUUGUUGGGUGUGACAAGGACCCACAGACGACAGUGUUUGAAAACGGAAAGAGUCAGAUGGGUCGUUUCUCUUUUGAGGUGUUCCGCUUCGUCAAGCACAAGAAUCAGAAGAUGUCCACUGUCUUCCUUCACUGCGUGACCAAGCUGUGCCGCGCGGAUGACUGUCCCAUGCUUGUGCCGAUUUGUGGAAUGCGUAAGAAACGCGAUGUGUCAGAGAGUACGGAGUCUCAUGCAGUAUCUGGGAAUGCUGUUAUAACUGCAGGACCCAUCAUCACUAGGAGUGAUGAAACUCCAACCAACAACUCUCAGCUGGCUCCACUAAACAGUGGUCCAUUCAAGAUGACCUCAGUAACGAGUGCUCUCAUAUCUGGCAUCAUCAUUCUGGCUGUAAUGAGCAUGUGCUUCUUCAUCUUCUCUCUGACGCUCCUGAAGGGGAAACGUCCACCUCCAACGCCGCUGUCUGGGGCUCACAAUCCGGCUUUCAGCUAAACACUCACAUCCAACACCAGCUUACUGGUGCAUUAUGUAGAAAUGUUGCAUUUAAGUUGGUAAAUAUGAUACAUUUCGGUUAAUAUUAUUAAACAAGAGUCUUAUAUGGAAAUUUGUCAUGAUAGCUAUCGUGAUUUUUGAAUAAAAUAAACUUGUCAGGCUUUUGUUAGGUAACUGACACUACCUACAAUCAUAAACAUUAUACAGAGAUUAUACAGAAUAUAUAAUAUAGAACCAACAUAAACAAUGCACUUUGAACAGUCACAUAUGGUAUCUACAAAUGCAUUCAGUUUGACAGAAUUUCAACCCUCAGAGCAAUCCAAUCCUAAUACCUCUCCAGGUGAGAUAUCUACACCACUAUUAGGAUACAUAUCUACCUAUAAAACUAGUGGAUAUAGUAAAAAAUGUAAGCAUAGUACACAAAGAUUCCAGUGAAACAGGACAUUUCAGACAAAUGUCCUUCAUCAGCUGUGCAAGCAAUGUACACUGCACUUACUUCCUGGAUUCUAUUGAUAAAACUAGUCAUAUUCUAUUGUUUAACACAUUCUGAACUAGAGAAUAGAUUUGAAUAAUACGUAACAUAUUUGUUGUAGAUUUGUUUAAAUCAGUAAGCAAACCUACAGCUCUGUUUAUACAUGUAUUUAAGUAACAGCGUGGAUCCAAAUCUGUGAGAGUGAAUCUUAACUUAAAGUCAAUACCUCAGUCUCUCACCAUCUGAUUGCAGGGUGUAGGAUCUAUUACAUUUACGUGCAUAGACACAAGUUUAUUGUACACUUCAGUUAUCACAUUGUAGCACAACAAUUAGGCUGAAAUAAAGUCAAGGUGUAAGAUAUGUGGAAGAGGGAAAGAGAGACUGAGUAUAACACAUUAUGAAGUCAGAAGGAGACUUGCAGCCUAAUUGAUGUGGUUGCCAUGAAUAACAAUGUUACUAUAUAUAACUAUAUAGUUUUAUUAAAUUGUACCUUUCCUUAUUUAUUAGUACCUUUCUGUUUAUUUUAUAAUUAUCUUUGUUUCAUUUCUAAUUUUAGUGCCUAGAACUUUUAUUACUAUUUGUAUGCCAAUGAAUGACAAACAUGUUUCUCACUUUCACCUUCCCUUCUGUUAUCAGUUUUAUAAUGUAUGGUUCUACAAUGUUACAAU